AUGGUCGCCGCGGGACCCGAACACACGGUGCUGCUCAGGAGCGACGGCACGGCCGUGGCCUUCGGCUCGAAUGACCGCGGCCAGUGCGCCGUGCCGGCGCUGGACGGUGGCCUUAGCUACACGCAGGUCGUUGCGGGCUGGGCCCACACGGUGCUGCUCAGGAGCGACGGCUCGGCCGUGGCCUUCGGCUCGAAUUUUGAGGGCCAGUGCAGCGUGCCGGCGCUGGACAGUGGCUUGAGCUACACGCAGGUCGCCGCGGGCUGGGCCCACACGGUGCUGGUCAGGAGCGACGGCACGGCCGUGGCCUUCGGCUCGAAUCGCGAGGGCCAGUGCAGCGUGCCGGGCGAUUGGACGGUGGGCCUGAGCUACUCGCAGGUCGCCGCGGGACUCGCCCACACGGUGCUGCUCAGGAGCGACGGCACGGCAGUGGCCUUCGGCUCGAAUCGCGAGGGCCGGUGCGACGGCACGGCCGUGGCCUUCGGCUCGAUCGCGAGGCAGUGCAGCGUGCCGGGCUGGACGGUGCGCUUCCUGACCCUGGGCGGGGUGGAGCGCUGCCGGGUGCCGGCGGCGCCUGGCGCGCCGCUCGCUGGCGUGCGCGACUGGCUGGCGGGCGAGCUGGGCGCGGGCAGGCUGGGCCCCGGGCUCGGCCGCGCCGACGCGGCCCUGCCAGGCGGACGGCUCCUGAGCGGGGCCUCGGCGGGCGAGACCGUCGCGGACGCCUUCGGGUUGUAG